AAAUCUCGGCGGUGCCAAUGGCAAUGGCAGACGCAGACGCAGACCCCUCCAUAAUUUCUCACAAUCAUUUCUUCGAACACCAUGCCUGCAUCCUCAUGUCCGCUUCUGCUGCCUGUCGAUUUUUAAAUUCCACAGAGAGAAAGCAAGCAAGAGGAAAGGUAAAGCAAUGGAGUCUCUCUCUCUCUCUCCAUCCGGCCGUUGAUCGGCCAUCGAGAUUCCCGCAGAAAGGUAACACAGCCACGCCACAGUGUUGCGUUUCUUUUUCAAGAAUUACCUUUUGCCCGCUGUAUAUAUCUAUGUACGUAUAGUCACUGGUUUCACACUCCCUCUCUCUCUCUCUCUCCCUCUCUCUCCCCUCCAAAUUAUUCCUCUCUCGACUUCACUCCAACUCUGCUUCUACAGUGACCGACCCUCUGCCAUCUGCCAUUUCUUGUGACUACUCUGACCAUCACCGAAACCCACGAAACAAGAACACAGACCCUGAUGAAAAAGAAGCCCCACUAAUCCAACACUAUCCAUUUAUUCAUUACCUUUAAUGGAGGAGAGACCGGAGACGGAGCUGAUAUCCAUACCGGCGACUCCACGCGCCUCCACGCCGGAGAUACUGACUCCCUCAGGGCAAAGGUCUCCCCGCAAGGAUGGACCCGCCGGCACUGCCAAGUCAUGGACUCCCACCUCCUUCAUAUCUCCCAGAUUUCUGAGCCCCAUUGGAACUCCCAUGAAAAGAGUUCUCAUCAACAUGAAGGGCUAUCUCGAGGAAGUCGGCCACUUGACUAAGCUCAACCCUCAGGACGCGUGGCUCCCCAUCACCGAGUCCCGCAAUGGCAACGCUCAUUACGCCGCCUUUCACAAUCUCAACGCCGGUGUCGGCUUCCAGGCAUUGGUCCUCCCCGUUGCAUUCUCCUUUCUUGGAUGGAGUUGGGGUAUUAUAUCCUUGAUCAUUGCCUACUGCUGGCAAUUAUACACUCUGUGGAUUCUUGUUCAGCUGCAUGAAGCAGUUCCAGGAAAACGAUACAACAGAUACGUCGAGCUUGCUCAGGCAGCAUUUGGGGAACGAUUAGGUGUUUGGCUCGCUCUGUUUCCAACUGUUUACCUAUCAGCGGGGACUGCGACCGCUUUAAUUCUAGUCGGAGGGGAGACCAUGAAAAUGUUCUUCCAGAUUGUGUGCGGCCCUGCUUGUUCGUCGAAUCCUCUGACAACAGUCGAGUGGUAUCUUGUAUUCACAUCCCUGUGCAUAGUGUUGUCCCAACUCCCGAACCUCAACUCCAUUGCCGGGCUCUCGCUGGUCGGGGCUGUGACAGCCAUCACAUACUCAACCAUGGUGUGGGUGCUCUCGGUGAGCCAUCCGAGGCCGCCCACCAUUUCAUACCAACCGAUUUCGCUGCCUACUCUAACUGCAUCGGUAUUUUCUGCGCUGAAUGCACUCGGUAUUAUAGCAUUUGCUUUCAGAGGGCACAACUUAGUCUUGGAAAUUCAGGCGACGAUGCCGUCAACCUUCAAGAAACCGGCUCAUGUGCCGAUGUGGAGGGGAGCCAAGGUUGCAUAUGUUUUCAUUGCCAUGUGUUUGUUUCCUGUUGCAAUUGGCGGAUACUGGGCUUAUGGAAACCUCAUGCCUUCUGGCGGAAUUCUCAACGCCCUGUUCGGGUUCCACAGCCACGACAUUCCUCGGGGACUUCUUGCAUUGACAUUUCUUCUAGUUGUGUUUAAUUGCUUGAGUAGCUUCCAGAUAUACUCGAUGCCAGUUUUCGACAGCUUCGAAGCUGGAUACACCAGCAGGACCAACAAGCCGUGCUCGAUUUGGGUGCGCUCUGGCUUUCGAGUGUUCUAUGGAUUUGUGUCCUUAUUUAUCGGUGUGGCGCUUCCGUUCUUGUCUAGCCUUGCCGGACUUUUAGGGGGGCUGACACUUCCGGUGACGUUCGCGUACCCGUGCUUCAUGUGGGUUCUGAUCAAGAAGCCGAUCAAAUACAGCUUCAACUGGUAUUUUAACUGGAUCCUAGGCUGGUUGGGGAUUGCCUUUAGCUUGGCAUUCUCCAUUGGAGGCAUCUGGAGCAUGGUUAACAGUGGACUGAAGCUGAAAUUCUUUAAGCCCAGCUGAGAGAAUACAGCACAACUAUAAAUAUAUAUAUAUAUAUAUAUAUUGUGUUCUUUCUUUCCUUCCCGUUUCAUUGAAUGGAUGCUGUUGCCUUGUUGCUAGCUCUGUGUGGUUUUGGAUUUGAUAAGGACUUUGAUAAAAACCUGUGUGUAAUUUAUAAGAUACUAUACGUAUUUUGUAGUUGGAGAUUGUUAUUACUUUGGUUUUUCUAAAGGUAGCAUUUGGUUGAUUUUAA